AUGCAAUGCAGACCCGGUGGAGAGCGUGAGACUGAGGAGACCCGGUCUGUCCUUUAGAGUUUUGAUGCAGUGUUGCCGGAUAAAGUCAUGCUAGGGUAUAAAUUAUCCUGUGAGAGCUUUUGUUCCGAACCCACUAAGAGGUUUCAGGUGCCAAAUUUAUGGUCAUGUUACAGCAGUAUGCAGAAGGGAGAUUCAAGUGUGAUAAUUGUGCAGGAGGGCAUGGGACAAGUGUAGUUUAAAGGGAAAAAAGUGUGUGUUUCAAUUGUGGGGGUGACCAUGUUGCUGGGGAUCAGAAAUGUCUUGUGCUAGUGAGAGAUUUGAGCCCUGUGAGUAGUAGGCCUUGUUGAUUGGAGCCCUGUGGGUAGUAGUUAGCUUGUUGCUGUUCUGGUCAUUAAUUGUACCACAAUGAGGGGAAGGAAAUCCCAGAAGAUUGAAUUGGUAGUAGCAACAGCAGCGGCGAUGUUCUAGGGUAUGAGAUGUGUGCUGAAGAACUGCAGGGGGCUUUGAGAGAAGGCAGUCUAGCCUCCCAGGCCUGGUGUGGGGUCUGUUUGGCCAAAGUAGUGGGAAUGUGUGUUGGGCAUAGUGGUAUGUAUAGGGUUAUGGCGCUUCAAUUUCCUUUACCCUUUUUCGUAAACAAAUAUUCAAUGCACGUUCCCAACUGGGAAACGCUGCAAUAUGGAACAAAGAGUCUACCGCACGAAGACGACUACUCUCUACGUCGGAAGUUAUUUUGAGCCUGCAGCUCGAGUGGAGGGUGUUUGUGUGAUACUUCAGCCAAUCACGUUGGCAGACAUGACGGCGCAACAUUUAGUCCCUUUAGCUUCACUGGAAAUAUUUCGAUACCAACAACACUUUUGUUAGCUGUAAGCAAGCUAUAUAUAGCUAGCAAAAUAGGAUACUGAAAAGACUGGCAGUGGCUGCCAACAAUGCAACGUUUCUCAAAGGGUGGAGCAAAACUGGAAAAUGUAUUCGAAAGAGCAAAGUAACAUCAUGUAUGAAUAACUUUAUUUUAACUCGCAACUACUACCUAUGAGAACAGCUAACGUUAGAAAAGAAUUCCAGAAGAACUAACGUUAGCUAACUAAAUAACUAAGACAUGGCUACCACCAGGGAAAUACAAUACCGAAGCCCCACAGUGAGUAUCAAGCAGGAGCAGGACGAUGACUCGGACACGGAGGAGUCUCACAUUGGUUUCAAGAAGUCGGAUGGACGCGAGUCGCAGAUAAUCCACAGUGGUCACUUCAUGGUGUCUUCGCCGCACAUUGAACACCCACCAAGAAAAGGUUACGAUUUCGACACAGUCAACAAACAAACCUGUCGGACGUAUCACUUCGGGAAGAAGUGUACAUCACAUCUCUCCAUUGACGCGUCGUUGACAAAACUUUUCGAAUGCAUGACCCUUGCAUACAGCGGCAAGUUGGUGUCGCCAAAAUGGAAGAACUUCAAAGGCCUGAAGUUGCUGUGGAGAGACAAGAUCCGGCUCAACAAUGCUAUCUGGAGGGCCUGGUACAUGCAAUAUGUGGAGAAGCGAGAGAACCCUGUCUGCCAUUUUGUUACUCCUCUGGAUGGGACCGUGGACAUGGAGGACCAUCGUCCGGCAGAGGCAAUAGCCACAGAGGGGAAAUAUUGGAAAAGAAGAAUUGAAAUUGUAAUUCGAGAGUAUCACAAGUGGAGGACAUAUUUCAAGAAAAGGUUACAGAAGCACAAGGAUGACGAUCUCUCAAGCCUUCUCAAGGGGCCGGAAGAACAGUUUUCGCUGUUUGGGGAUGUCUUUCCAGACACCUUCCGUGUGUCCCUUUAUCAGGAUGAGGAAAUGGCUGGGCGCCGCAUUGCUCGCAAGAGCCGUGAGUCACCCGUCCCCAUGGAGAUGGACCCACUCUUUGACAUGGACGUGCUGAUGUCAGAGUUUUCUGACACACUCUUCUCCACGCUGGCCUCCCACCAGCCCAUGGCCUGGCCCAAUCCCAGGGAAAUAGCUCAUGCAGGGAACGCAGACAUGAUCCAGCCUGGACUCAUCCCCCUACAGCCCAACCUGGACUUUAUGGACUCCUAUGAGCAAUUACAAGACUUAUUUCACAGCCUCCGUCAGCCCAUCUUCCCCUCUGCUUCCCUCACUGCCUCAUCCGCCACUCCUCUGCACAGCAGCAGCUCUCAAUCCCAGGGCCAGCUUCUCUCCUCCAUGCACCUCUCAGCUGACCUCCCGUCCGUCAGUCAUGACCACAGACUUAUCGCCUCCCCAGCCCCCCUGACUAUCUCCUCCCUCAUGUCCAAUCAAACCAGUGGAAGCCCCUCUUACGUACAGAACUACAUGCCUCUGUUCUCUGGGCCGGUGCCCCCUAGUGCUCAGGCUGGAGGCUCCUCCCUCAGGCAAACCUCAGCCCUUCCCACGGUGCGGCACACCCAGACCUGCCAGGGUGCUGCCACCCCAACACUAGUAGCCCCCCCAACCCUAGACGAUGCCACAAGCCUGGACGGUUCCCCGCCCUCAUCUGUCAUCACACAUACAACCACCUCCACUGUUCUACCCAGUGAUGCUGCCACCACCUUCAGUCACAGCUCUGACUUCAGCUCCCUAAACCGUGAACCUACAACCCCACCCCUCCAGCCCCUGCCACCCUCGCCUGCCGCCACCCCACAACACCCCCAGACCUUCGCCCUGCCCAGACCCAUCCAGCCCUCUUGCUCCAACAAAAAGACACGCCGUGUGCAAAGGAUUGUUCCUGCCAUCUCCUCGUCUCACCUCAUCCUAACAGCACCCUUCCCAGGGCAUACCAGUGCAGUGAUUGUUACUCCAACCCCCCUGAAAGCAGAUGUGGUUCCCUCAACGGGCGUGAUCAUCGGCUCCUCCAGCCUAUCAAGGGCUCCUGGAUUUCACAUCCUUCCACAGACUACGAAGUCUCCCCAGCUCAUUAUCCCUAAAGAGGAGACCUACUCUUCCAGCCGCAAGAAACAAGAACCCUCCACAAGUACUGGGCAUGAGGACCGUAGCUCAGGUCAGGGGUCACUGUGUGGGUCAGAGCAGGUCUCCAGUCCUCAGUCUCCACACAGCAGCUGCAUUGCCCUUUCCAAGAACGAGUCCAACCAGAGCCGUAGGGUGACCCAUAUCACUGCUGAACAGAAGAGGCGCUUCAACAUCAACAUUGGCUUCAAAAUGCUGUGCAGCCUGAUUCCUGCUCUCAAGUCCCAGUCCAAUAUCAGUAAUGCAGUCACGCUGCAGAAGACAGUGGAGUACAUUAGGAAGCUGCAGCAGGAGAGGCAGCAGAUGCAGGAGGAGACCAAAAGGCUACGGGAGGAGAUUGAGGAGGUCAAUGCCUCCAUAAAUGUGUGUCAGGAGCAGCUGCCUGCUACAGGUGUGCCCAUCACACGCCACCGAUUCGACCACAUGCGGGAGAAGUUUGAUGAGUACGUGAAGAGCCGCACACUUCAGAACUGGAAGUUUUGGAUCUUCAGCAUCAUUAUUAAACCCCUAUUUGAGUCCUUCAAUGGGACUGUCUCCACCACAAGCAAAGGGGAGCUGUGUGAGACCACACUGCAAUGGCUGGACCGUCACUGCUCCCUCCAUGUGCUGAGGCCCAUGGUACUGAGCACUCUCCGACAGUUCAGCACUAGCACAUCCAUCCUUACUGACCCCACCCUUCUGCCUGAGGAAGCCACCCAGGCUGUCACCAACACCCACAGUCACUUUGCAGACUCCUAGCCGCACCUCCAGGGGAGGGGAAGAGUGAUUCAGAUUGAGUGCAUGGUCAUAGUACCCUCUAGUACAGCACUUCACAGAGGGUCUCUACCACAAAGUACUCUAACCUCUCCAGAUUGAAAAAGACCUUGAAACUACAGAAUGGAAAAGUACCAGCACUAGUUUGCCGUAAAGGUAAUCCAAAGAAGUUACUCUGUCUUCCACCCUAUCCAUUACCAUUUAGAACAGGACAUGAAGUUUGUGGUCUUUGUAUACGUGACCUCAUCCAGCUUACUGACCUCUCAUUCCUACACAUCGACUGGGCAUUGCGGUCAACAACCCAAGCUCGGUGCAUUACUUUGGAUGAUCAAUACACACCACACACAGAACAACAUUUGCAGCAUAUUAUGAACCCAGCAAUAACAUUGCUCUUUGUUAAUGUAACUCGCCACACUGUUGAUGGUGGAACUCCCAAUUAGUUUUAAGGCUUGCAGUGCCUUCAGAAAGUAUUCACACCCCUUGACUUUUUCCACAUUUUGUUGUGUUACAGCCUGAAUUUAAAAUAGAUUAAAUUUAGUUUUUUUUUGUCACUGGCCUACGCACAGUACCCCAUAA